UUACCGGCAUAAAAAACCGGCAAAUGGUGAUCAGAAAUUCAUAUGGGACCUCGCCUGAAGAGAAAACUCAUUUUCUAUUUUCAUAUAAUUUCCCAAUCAGCUCAGCGGCCAGACACAACCCUCCCCGGACACCCCAAUAUGUUCCGCAUUUAAUUUCGAACUUCUUGCUUAAGGAGGGUUCUUUUUCUCGAUCUGGCCAUGCACAAAACCUUGAUCGAUGGAAUGUAGAUUGGUAAUUUUUUGUUCUUGCCUUUGUGCUUUGACGAGUUCAGCAGGGUCCAAUUCGUUGGGAGUUUUUCUCGUUUUUGUGUGCCACAUUUCAAGUUUAGCAGUGCAUUUCAUGAUUUUUUAUUAUUACAUAAUAAUGGCCGGGCUCUGCCGUUGAUGAACUCUACGUGUGGAUUACUUAGAAUUACAGAAGUGAUUAAUUCAGUUAUUUCUGAGUGGUGUGCAAUCAUAUAUGUAAUAUAUGUGAUUCUUGCUUCAAAGGCUUGAUAUUUGUCCCCUCUCCUAAGCAAGGAGGAUGCUUUUCAGGUUUUGGAGUCAUUUCUGUAAUGGUAAUGAAUGUUUUGAGUGGAUUUCAGUUUUCAUAUUCAAGAGCAAAUGCAUAUCAAAACAGUUGUUCUGUGUAUGGUUCCUGUACUUCUAUGUUUCGGUAUGGGGGCAACAAGCAAGACGAACAUGAAGCAUGCAGAAGAGGAUUUACUGGCCACUCUAGUCAAAUAUGGAGGGAUAAAUCAUGACCAGGCUGAGUUAAUAUGGUUAAACUGUAGGAUAGAGUUGAUCCAUGCCAAGGAAGUAGCAGAAAAUUAUGAAUUUAAUGCUCAAGUGGAUAAGUCUACAGGGAACACGGAAGCAGUUUCUCAUGGCAGGCCAUCUAUGAAACCACAAACGCAAGAAUUUGAAAAUAUCUUGCACCCAUUGGCUAAACAACCCCUUCUGGAUUGUUUAAGGAAGAAAAAUCUCAUGUUUCUUGUCCGCUGUGGCAAAAGUGUUCCAAGAACUUGGUACAACAGGUGUUUGGACUUCUUGUAUGCGAGACAUUGUGCUCCUAAACGACAAUAUGUAAUUCAUAGCUAUGAAGAAGAACAGUCUCAUGAAAUUCUUUCAGUGCAGCCUUUCAUUCCACGAAAACUUAGUGACACUGCUGUUGUCAAACGUUCUAAAGCAAGUUCGAACUCAACUUUAAGAGCAUCAUCAAAGAAUAAAACUGGCAAAAGAAAAAAAUCAAGUUCUGUCUCGGUUGCUGUGCCUGCUGCAGUGACAUUUGUUAUGGUUGCCUUGCUGUUUAUAUGUUGUGUUAAGAUAUGCAAGAGUGGAUCUGGAAAUGGGCAGACUGAUAAGAGGCCUCUUCUGAGCUUAAGCUUAAGUGACUAUUCUGGCGUCUCCUCACAGAAGUCGUUUUCUUCGGACAACUCAUUAAGUAACAAAAAAAGUUCAUUUGACAACAGCUUUCAUGAUAAAAUGGACUGUAAUCUUUUCAUGGAGUCACGUACACUCAAUAACUCUAGAAAGAAUAUCCCAGUGGGACCUGGUUCCUAUCCUGCCACCGUGAUGGAUAAUUUUGUUCUGGUAGAAUCUGGAAAGACAGGAAACACUGGACUGCCUCCCUUAAAGCCACCGCCUGGUAGGGUAGUUCUGCCAUCCCAUCCUGCUAUGACUGCUCCUGCAGCACCAACCCCUCCACCUCCCCCUCCACCUCCCCCUCCACCUAAAGCUGCACCUCCUCCUCCUCCAGUAAUUCCAUCGUCUAGUGGAGGGCGUCCACCACCACCCGGGCCACCUCCACCACCGGGUAUACGUUCAGGUGGCAAGAUUGGUCCUUGCCCCCCACCACCUCCAGGUGCUGGUGUUCCGCCUCCACGUGCCUCAGUCCCUGCCCCUCUAAUGGGCGUGAGGCCACCUCGGGCACCUCUUGGUCCAAGUUAUGAAGAUGAUGGUCCUAAAACUAAGCUGAAGCCUUUCUUCUGGGAUAAGGUUCUGGCCAAUCCUGAUAAUUCAAUGGUUUGGCAUCAGAUAAAAUCCGGAUCUUUCCAGUUCAACGAAGAGAUGAUAGAGACCUUAUUUGGUUAUGCUGCUCAAGAUAAAAAUAAGAAUGGAACAAAGAGAGACCCUUCAGAUGCUUCAAUUCAAUAUAUUCAAAUUAUUGAUCACAAGAAGGCACAAAACCUAUCAAUUCUCUUAAAAGCAUUAAAUGUGACCACAGAAGAAGUUUGCGACGCUCUUAAAGAAGGAAAUGAGCUUCCAGCAGAACUACUUCAAACUCUGCUGAAGAUGGCCCCAACUGCUGAUGAAGAGUUGAAGCUGAGGCUCUAUAAUGGUGACCCUUUACAACUUGGGUUUGCGGAGCGUUUUUUGAAAGUCUUAGUGGACAUUCCAUUUGCAUAUAAGAGGCUUGAAACAUUACAUUUUAUGUGCACUCUUCCGGAGGAUGCAUCAAUGGUUAAAGAGUCAUUUGCAACGUUAGAGGCUGCUUGCACAAAGCUACGGAAAAGCAGGCUGUUCCUCAAACUCCUGGAGGCUGUCCUAAAAACUGGCAAUCGCAUGAAUUCUGGAACAUACCGUGGUGGUGCACAAGCAUUCAAAUUGGACACACUUUUAAAACUAUCUGAUGUGAAAGGCAAAGAUGGGAAGACAACCCUUUUGCACUUUGUGGUUAGAGAGAUAAUCCGUUUGGAAGGUUUACGGGCUGCCCGUGCAUCCAGGGAGCUAAGGAGCAUGUCCAGCAUCAAGUCUGAUGAUCUCUUACUUGAAUCUCCACAAGAUUCAGAAGAGUAUAUUCUAAGCCUCGGUCUAGAGGUCGUGUCAGGUCUGGGUAGUGAGCUUGAGUAUGUCAAGAGAGCUGCUCUCAUAGAUGCGGAUAACUUAACGGGAACAGUUGCUAAGCUUGGCCAUGCAGUAUUGAAUGCCAAAAAAUUUCUAAGCUCAGAAAUGAAGAGUGUGGAUGAAGAGCAAGAUGGGUUCCUUGAGACACUAGAGAAUUUUAUGCAGAGUGCCGAGGGAGAAGUGAGAGAGUUACUUGAACAAGAGAAGCAUAUCAUGUCUCUAGUGAAGAGCACAGGCGAUUACUUCCAUGGAAAUGCAGGGAAGGAUGAAGGUUUGCGCUUAUUUGUCAUAGUUCGCGAUUUUUUGGUAAUACUUGACAAAGUGUGCAUAGAGGUGAGGGCUACACAUAUUAAAACAAAUAAUAAAUAUACAAAGCAUGUUGUUGCUCCUUCAGAACCCUACCCGUCUCCUGAUCUUCAUAAAAAACUUCAUUCCGCCGCAAUUAGUGAAAGGCAGUUGGUAGAUAGUUCAAGUUCUGAUGAUGAUGAAUGAUGUUUUUUGUCUUUUUUUACAUGAAGUGUUACCUUGAGAUAUGUUGACUUAGAUAGGAACCUGUCUUGAACAGAGGUUUGAGAUGGUGUAGUUAUCAAGUGCUAAUUCGUUGUAAAGCUGAUAGAUGGUAUAUUGGUAUGUAUAUUGUUGUAGCUUUGUCUAUUUUGAUCUAAUAACCACUUUUGUAAUCAUGGACCAGUUUUGGUUGUAGCUGUUUAACUCUCCUACUAGAUUGUUAUUGGAUUGGAUGACAUAGGUUGUGCAUUCUUCCAGCAA